CAGAAAGUUGAAAACAGCGAGCAGCUAAAGUAGGUGGGAUACAAGAUGGCCGACGGAAAACUGAAAAUUUGACAAGUUCCCCCAAAAUAUUAGAUUUCCACGAAAUCCUGGCGACAUACAAAAACAGAUGGCUAACUUACUGGUGUACGUCGCUAUCCUGGUUCCUGUCCUGUGGAUUUUGUCCCGGGUCCUGGCAGCCCUUCUAUCCAAGCUCCUGUCAUCCAAACUGAAGGCAGAUGUGAACAUUGAAGGCAUCGGGUUCUUCUCACUAUGGGGCAUAUCUAUCCAUUCCAAGAAGUGGUGCUUUGACGUUGACCAAAUAUGGUUGUCCUGCAAGGUGUUCAAACCAGAGCUCACACACUUCUUUGCAGUAUGUGUUGGGAAUGUCAAAGUGGAGGUACUGAAGCAGGAGGGACCAGGGGGACAGGAGCAGCCACAGAGCACAGCCCAGGAAACAGGAGGAAGAGGUGUUGCCAUGACUACCAUUGCCUUCAUUGGUACAAGUCUUUUCCAGCUUGUUUCUCUGGAACUGGAGUCUGUGCUGGUGACGUUGUCAGACUUCAAGUUGGUUGACACGACUUCCCAGCUGAAGGUCUCCAAACUCAGAGUCAAACCAGAUGCAGAGGAUGACAGAAUCAAAGCUGACAUGAGUGUAGAAGAAGUUGCUGUGUCCAUUCAGAAGGACAAGAAGUAUCAGAAUGUCAGAAACCCCACACUCGUGAAUGCAUCCUGCAAGGUUACGUUGUCUUUGGAUGUUGAUAUACUAGCCAAGUCACCCAAGAUCUUGGACUUAAGCAUCAGAAAACCAAAGAUUGAAGUUCAUGAAGGUCUACUGACUGCAGUUCAGCACUUACACGAUAGGUCACUGUCAAAAGAAUUCCAGGAGGUGCCAAAAAUUGACACUGGCAGUAGCUCGGACAAUAUGGCACUCAUCAAUAAGCUCAUGAGAUUUCUUCCACAGCUUGUGAAGAUCCAUGUGGAUGAUACCAGUUUGUCUGUUUCUGUGGAGAGCAGCUUGAAGGGAGUUGCCAUGAACAUAGCCAGUGUGAACCUGUGCUUCGAGCAGGACCCUACCCAGCCUGCCUUGCAGGACACCACCCAGACCCUGGCUAUCCCUGCUAAUGAGGUCAAACUUCUGUUUGAAGAACUGACUGUUGAGAGCUUCAGUGAAAGUAAGCUGUUCCUGCUCAAGUGGCUGAAGACAUCCGCAGAGGUUUCUGGGACGGGUAUCACAACAACUGUAACCAUGGAAACAUGCCACGCCCACCACGACCAUGCGGAAAUGGUGUACUGGCAUGGAGUGAUGCUGAAGAUGAGAGGUCAUUCCCCACCUAUGAGCACACCUGCCUCCAUGCCUGUUUCUGCACCUAUCAAGAAAAGCAGUGUAUCACUGCAGUUCCAAGUGCCCAUGUCCACUCAAGUGUCAGUGACCGAUGCAUCCGUGCGAGUGACCAUUCCUGACCAUCCAGAGUUUGCCUUGGGAAUCAACUCUAUAGCUGCCUCUGGACAGAAGUCUUCUGAUUCAGGUCUCCCCAUUGUAGGAUCAGAGUUAAGUGGAGACAUAACGGUAGACAACCUGUGGUGUGCGGUGGGGGACCACGCUGUGUGUAAGGCCAACACUGAACCUCAGGUCCACAUCUGGGGACAAGCACUGGCUGUACAGUCCCUCAAAAUCAAGGGCAAAUCCACCACACACAUCCAGGAGAAGACAACCCAACAGCAGAUCUCCGUUGAAGGUGGUGCGUACGACCUUCAACUGGAGUGGUCCAUUCCAGCCAUGGAGGUCCUCACAUUCUUACUGGAAGCUACACAUUCCAGGAAGGACCCUGACGUGACAGUAGAAGCUGUGUCCCCACCCCAGGAUAAACCCCCUGAUAGGGCACUGUCCUGUAACGUACAGUUCAGACUGCAGGGGCUCAACACCUUCUUCUGUGGCAGUGUACCAGAAGAGUGCUUGUUGUUCCACAUUGAUGAAGUGGGGGUAGGGGUGUGCGACCCUCAGUAUCAGGGGUCUAUACAGGGGGUCCGCUUCCUAACUACAGACAUGCUCGGACAGAGUUACAAGUGUGUGCAGGCCAAGGAACUGCCCCUGGGUCUUGUGCAGAUUGACAACAUGUCCUGGGCAUACACUCCAGUUUGCAAGGCGUUGUCUGUUGACUGUCCGAGCGGGAUCCAGGCAGACUGGACCACCAGAGCCCACAUGUCCAUCUUCCAACACGUCUCCGACAUUCUGUCAUUCAGGAACAAACUCACUGUCCUUUCAUCAAAGGGCGAGGCUAAAGCAUCAAAUACCGAGUCCACCUCCCAGACUGGCUUCAGUGUGAACAUGUCAGUGUUGUGUUUGAAGGUGUGUCUGCACACAUCCAGCAAACACAAAAUCGACAUCUCAUCUUGUGACUUGAAGGUUUCAGUCCAGGGAAAACUUGUUAAGCUGACUGCACCUCAGCUGACAAUCUCUUUUGAUGACCACGACAUCUUCAACAUUGAGGUUAUUUCCAUACAACAUUUCCCUGAACAUGAACAGUUGAAGAGAGAACGGAUUGGCUGUGAAACCCUGGUCAACCCCACCAACAGAGCAUGGAGUGUGACAAUGGACAAGAUCCACAUAUCAUUCCCAUACAAGUAUGACUUUGCUGCUGCUGUAGAUAAGAUCAUCAGUUGUGUAAAGUGGGUUAAGAUACUCUACAAAAAAGGAAAGCCCAGAACACCAGACAAACUGUAUGCUGACUUCCUGCUCAAAGUACAGCAUGCCACCGUGGAGUUACUGGACGAUCCCUUUGAAGUGAGGCUAGGAGACAACUAUGAGCUGAUGCGAGACGAGAAGCACGAGACAGAGAAAAGACUACAGCUGCUGGAGAACAGGAUCUCUGCACUCAGGAAGUCACAUGGGCUGCUGCCAGCCAAGAAAGUGGAGGAGAUGUACUUGAAGCUUGGUGAACAGUGUGACAGGAUCUACGUGCAGAGGUCCCAGAAGCUGUACAGCACGCCCAUGCGCGCACACCUGCUCAGGUGGGAGAUGAAACAGCUGGAGGUGUGCGCUCUGGCCGACCCCUCCAUGGACGGCAAGGACAACAUUGUCUCACACAUGCAGGACAUCGACAAGGACAGUCCCUACCCUCCUGAAGACCUGGAGUUCACCACCCUGUGGUGCAGGAUGGUACGAGGUAACGUGCGACACCUGGAGUUCCAGCUGCGAGACUACACAGUCAAACUCCUGGAGACCACAGACCUGCACUGGUGGGGCAGACUACUGGGGGCCGAGCAGGAAUCAGCAUCCACUGCAAAGAGAACGACAACUGUGGAAAUAGGAGCUCCAUUUGGUGAUGCUACCGUAGAGCGCAGCAUGCAGCCACUGAAGUUCUUCCACGACCUCAGCUGUGAUGCCCAAACAUUCCGAUAUGCCUGGGGGCCAUGCUGGGACUCGGCUAUAUCUCAAGUCAACUUGGCACUGGAUUACUUGUCUAAACCAUCCAUUGACCCAAGCAAGCCCCUUCCUUGGUGGGACAAGUCCCGGCUGCUGUACCACGGCAGACUGACCAUGUCAGUAGAGAGGAUGAGCCUACUUAUGCACGCCUCUCUGGACCCUUACAACUCCACUGAGGAGAUGGCCUGGGAGUGGAAGGACCUGUACAUGGACUGGACCACUGCCCGUUUCCUGUGGAAGGGAGACCUAGAUGUGUAUGUCAAGACUGCCUCCAAGUAUGACGACUGUCACUUUCUCAGCUUCCCCAACCUCAGACUAGGGUUUGACAUUGAGUGGCUGUGUGAAGGAGACCCAAACGACCAUCAUUCAGUCACUCCAUGGGCACCAGACAAGGUGCCAGAAACCUCAAAACAGGGACAUGACUCGUAUGCAGCCUUUAGGUCCAAGAAUCUGAAACUGGCCAUGACAAUUGACAUCAAACCUCCACGGGUUGUUGAUGAGCAGAAGAGGCAGGCCCCAUCCUGUCUGCUGUACAGUAGCACUCUCAAGUGGCUGCAGAAUCUAUGGGCCAUUAUCGCCUCUGUGUCCCGGCCAAUCAGAAGAGGCCAAGUGUGGAGCAAUAAGAAGCCCAGGAAGAUCCAGCUCGGCAGACAUUACAAAUCUAUCAGCCUGGAUUUCAAGUUCCCAGAGCUGAAAGUGAACUACUGGGCGUCCUUCGCCCAACAGCGUGGGAUCGAGAUGUGUUUCGGCACGGGCAGCAUCAACUCGGAGUGGAGCCUGACGCUGGUGCCGUACACCGACGGACUCAUCCGCCGACCCAGGGCUGACUGGAGCAUUACAAAACUGGCCAGCAGUAUAGCGGAGUCCCACGUGUAUCUGUGUGGCACUCAGGGACAGGACAGUAAGGAGAGUUUGUCUGUCAGAGAGCCAGUCAAAAAGAGUCACUUCCUUACAUUCUCAAGGUUUGCGUACAGCAGACAUGACGCUAAGCCUGCGUCCCCCGUGUCUGAAGAACCCGUCCCGUCACAGGCUGGACCAACCCAGCAGACAGGUACAGAGAUCAUGGAGUUUACUCACAGUCUUGUGCUAGAGUGUCUGAAGGGCACGUGGAACACUUCCAACCGUGGGGUCGUCUUCGGUCUCUACGAGGGCUACAGCAAAGCUCAGGUCUUGAAGAAGAACCUCUCCACAGAGGCUCUAAAGGGCAUCAAGAUGGAGUCAGUGACAACCACUAAAGCCAGGAGUGGGUCGUUUAAUCAGCCUGGGUCUACACCCAGUCCCAUGACCCGUCUACAGAAGGGUCAUGGGGCCUCUAUGCUGGAAAAACUUCUGUCGGAGACCGACACCAAGUUUAUGGCUUUCUCAGAGGAGAACACUGGGGAGAGAGAAUUGCUUCAUGGGAUAGCUGCCUGUCAAACCAAUGAUGUCAUCAACAGGAACUGGUGCAUUGAGUUGAUCAACUGCCAGGUGAUGCUGCAGGGGUGUGAGACGCCGGGCUGCGUCAUCGCUAGCGCAGCCAACGCCCGGAUACUGCAGUGUCAGCACCAGUCAGCCUGGAGGGACGGAGCGCUCACCAGCAAAACAACAUGGGCAGGGUCACUGGAGGGGAUGCAGUACUUUGCCACUGUCGAGCCCAAACAUUCCCCGAAGAGCGGGCGCGAGUUCCCGUGGCUGACGGAGAGCGACAUCCAGCAGCACGAGCGCCGCCCCUCCAACUCCAUCUCCGCCAUGCCCGACCUGGUGGGCAGCGGCCAAUCGGUGGGCGGCGUGGUGAGCAGCACGGUGGGAGCGAAGACUGCGGACGAUGACCUCCAGUUGCAGAGGAUCAUAUCCCACUGUAGCUGUCAGUUCUACUACGCAAGCUACGGACCCCUGGACUUGGACCCUUCCACCGUACCUCCAAAACCUGAGGAGAAAGAGGAGUUGUCGGACAUGUGGAAGCGAGAGCGAGCUGUGGACUCUUUCACAGUGGUCCAUUCUGAGCUGCAAGUCUGCACCAACUCUGUGCAAUAUGCUAUGAUCCUGGAUAUAUGUCAGAACCUCCUGCUUUAUGUGGAACCUAAAAGGAAGGAGGCCAGCGAGCGGCUGCAGAGGAUGCGCUUCCAGCUGCAGCUGUCCAGUGUGGAGGACCAGAGAGGACCGCUACUGCAGAUGCAGAACAAUGUCAGGUCUCUGUUGUCCAACAUGCAUCGCUUGGAAAGAGAGCUGUACAACACACACAGGGCACAGGAGGCUAACAUCACAGACAAAAGUCUGCAAGAACAAAGUCAAGACUUGGCAAAACAGUAUAGCGGGUGUAAGGAACAGCUGACAGCAACCAGUGAGGAAUUGCAUGCCAUGAUCAGCUGUUUUAAGGAGAGACAACAACUGCAGAUCUCUCACAAAAGACAUGUCACAAAAGAUGACCAGGUCACCCCUGUCAGGAGAAUUGAAGUGUGUUUUGUGUCGGCCAAGUGGAGACUGACGGAGGAGGAUGGACAAAUAGGGGUCGCUGACCUGGCACUCACAGACUUCCUGUACACCAAGGUGACCAAGAGUGAUGACUCAGGUGAACACCUGUUGGAACUGGGCUGGGUCACUGUGGCCAACCUGCUACCAAACGAGGCAUACAAGGAUGUACUACGGCCACAAGUGUCGAGUCUGGAUCGCAAACACACUCAUCGGAAGGCUCUACGGGCCUUCAGUAGAGAGAAAGGGACAGUUGGAGGCAUUUCUGUGAAGGAGCAUUUUGAGGUGAACGUAGUGCCAGUGACCAUCCAGCUGACCUAUCGCUUCUUCCGUACCAUGAUGACCUUCUUCUUCCCAGGAAGGAAUGUGGAUGAAGGAGAGGAGACCAGUUCACAAGCUGGGGAGUUUGAGGCAGAACCACAAGCAACGACUGUAGGUGUACAUGUCCGCUCUGGAUCUAUAGAUGAACAACAGCCCGCAGCAGCGAGAGACUCCACACAGCCGUCCACCAGGCCUCAAAAGAAGUCUCUGCUGAGGAAAGCCUCCAUUGGAAGCCGGGAUGACAUUGAGAAAAUGAAGGAAAGAGCAGCAAGGAACAACACUUUUCUGUACAUCAAGAUCCCACAGGUCCCCCUGUGUGUCAGCUACAAGGGUCAGAAAGACAAGAACAUUGAGGAUGUGCACAACUUCACCCUACUGGUGCCCAUGCUGGAGUAUCACAACCUGACCCUCACCUGGCUGGACUUCCUCAUGAUCCUGAAGAAGGAGUACAAGAACGCACUUCUGUCACAGGCUAUCAAGGAGAAAUUUAGGUUGAAGUCUUCCAUUGGUCGAGAUGACAGCUCUGAGCCCGACAGUCUAGCCAAGGAAGAAGAGGAUAAAGCCAGGCUGUUGCUGGGAGCAAAGCUUGGUGGAGAAAAGGUGUCAAGCAAGAAGUCGCUCUUUGGUAAAAAGAGUUGAGCUAAAAAAAUUAAAGAAUAUCAUCUAAUGUAAAUAAGGGAUCUUCCUAUCUGUUUUUAAGUACUGUUGAUUGUACCAUUCUAUUAUGUAAAAAAUUGUUAUUGUCUAUUACUGUUACAUUUUCAUAUCAAAAGAAUGAAUGAGUGAGUGAGAGAUUAUUCGAUGGAGAGAAAACAAAAAGAUACACAAAUGUCCACUCUUGGAGGUAGUUUUUUUUGUUUAAAUGUUCUUUAUGUUUCGAGGAAAUAAUGUUUUCUAUAUCUUCAUCAAAGUAUUUCAAAUUACAGUGAUUUUUUGUCUGUAUAUGCUAAAUGUAAUUAUGAUGAAAUUUUAAGUGUAUUCGAGAAAAAAAGUGGACACAUUGCAGACAUAUGUAAAUGUGGAUAACGUAAAGUGUGACUAAAUUGCCAUAUGGAUCAAAUUCUGUGAAUCCAAAGGGCGGAGGUUUUAGCCCUGCUGGGUACUUAUUAUGCUUAGAAUUUGCAGAGAAGUUGUUAGCUUCAGUUGUUUAUUCAUUGAUCUGUCAAAAGCUUCGAUGUGUGAAAGAACCCAACACACUUAUCAAAAACAGUACUGGAGACUAGGCAUCCAUGGGUAAAAAGCAACCAGUGACGCAGCUGCAUGGCACAAUCACCUGACAAUUUUUCCAGCAUAUUGUAAUUGUACUUAGGCAAGCAUUAGGCCAUACCAAUUUAAUUCAUUGGUUCAUGGAUUUGCUCGCUCCUACUUUUUGGAAAAAA